AUGAUACAGAAGAGCCAGCCGCUAAAGAACAUAGGCCGCUUAAGAUAUAGUACCAAUGGGAAUAGUUGGAAUAUUUUGGUAUCUGGCAUCAAUAAUAAUUCUGAACUGCGGACAGAGGACUCAGAAUUAGGACCAACAUUCGUUGUUAAAGAUAACAUUGUUACCAAAGAACAGACGCUGACAUGUGCAUCACAAAUGCUUUCAGACUACAAGAGUCCUUUUGAUGCUACUGUGGUAAAAUUAUUGAAGCAGAAUGGAUAUAAAAUGCUCGGAAAGUCAAAUUUGGACGAAUUUGGAAUGGGUGGAUCGACUACUCAUUCGUACUACGGUCCUACUAUUAAUCCGCGAUUCGAAGAAUGUGAGCAUAUCGUUGGUGGAUCUUCAGGUGGAUCUGCGGCCGCCGUUGCUUCCGGAUUGGCUGAUUUUGCCUUGGGCACUGAUACUGGUGGCUCUGUGAGGUUGCCCGCAAGUUAUUGUAAUGUAAUCGGCUUAAAACCCACGUAUGGCAGAAUAUCAAGAUGGGGUGUCACUUCAUAUGCUCAGACAUUGGACACUGUGGGAAUUUUCUCUAAAGAUUUUGAAUUACUUCGAAAGGUGUUUAAUUUAUUGGACGCUUAUGAUUCUAAAGAUCCCACUUCCUUGCCAACUGAUAUGCGCAAAAAAUACCAGCCUUUGAAUAAGAAGAAGCUUCAAAUAGGCAUACCACAAGAGAUGAUUUUAAGUGACAUUUCUCCAGAAGUAAAACAAGUGUGGCUAGAUGCAAUUGUUCGUCUCCAGGAGAAAGGACACACGAUACGAACGGUAUCACUUCCUUCUAUAAAGAAGCUGCUUCUGGCAUAUUACACUUUAGCAACUGCUGAAUGCGCUUCUAACCUUUCACGUUAUGAUGGCAUACGAUACGGCUAUACGACAGACUCGUCUCCAACUACGGUUCCAGCUUUGAUAUCUAAUAACAGGUCCAAGUCUCUUGGAGCAGAAGUUAAGCGAAGGAUUAUUUUAGGGAAUUACACCAUUUCCUCUGAGUCAGGUAACCAUUAUUUCAAAGCAACGGAAGUACGCCAGAAAUUAAGUCGUGAAUUCAAUGACAUAUUUAAUUUGUCGAAUUUAUUACAUGAAAGUGAAUAUAACAGGUCGCACAAUAAAAUAGAUGUCAUUGUUACACCGACAACUAUUAGCGGCCCUCCUAGCUUGAAAGAUUAUUUGGAUCAAGAGAAGAAAGAUUUUUUAAUAAGCUAUAUGAAUGAUAUUUUGGUUGUGCCUGCUUCCUUGGCAGGCUUACCUGCUAUAUCGAUUCCUUUCAAAGGUCAUGGCAUUCAAAUAAUUGGACAAUUCGGAGAUGAUCGUUUGGUCAUGGACUCUGCGGAAGCUCUUGUCACUUAA